ACUCCCCCCUCACACUUUCUCUCCUGCCAACACCCUAAUUCAGUCUCAUCGACUAAAAAAAAAUGGAAGAUCUCGAGAUCCGAUGCGCGGUUGCAGUACUGAUCUCCUCCUUGAUCGCUGCGUGGGCAUACCGGCGGCGGUCGGUGGAUCUCUCCGGCGUGUUCGCCGGAAUCCCUGUGAUGGUUGUUCACGCGGCCGUCGAUUAUAGAUUUGCGGCGUUGCUUCUUGUUUUCUUCUAUACGUCGUCGAAGGUGACAAGGAUUGGGGAAGAGAAGAAGAGGGGUGUUGAUGAGGGGUUUAAGGAAGGAGGUCAGCGGAACUGGUUGCAGGUUCUAGCUAACAGUGCAAUUGCUACUAUUCUAAUAGUUAUGGCUGGGAAAAUGACUGGAGGACAAGAUAUGUGCUUGAACACGAAAGAUUCAUGCCUUGUAACUUGCCUUAUGGGCGGUAUAAUUGGACACUACUCCUGUUGUAAUGGAGAUACCUGGUCAUCUGAACUCGGAAUGCUUAGUAAUACACAACCUCGUCUAGUUACAAACUUCAAGAUAGUCCGAAAGGGCACGAAUGGGGGGAUCACUAUUAAUGGGCUUCUAGCAGCUGCAGCGGGUGGUUUCGUCAUUGGCCUCACCUUUGUACUUGUUGGGUUUUUUACAGUUAAAUGUGCUGCAGAUAUAGCCUGGAGGCAGCUAUUGGUAGUACCCAUUGCUGCAGUAGCUGGGCUCUGUGGAAGCCUGAUAGAUUCAAUAUUAGGUGCAAUGCUUCAGUUCAGUGGAUACUGCACCCUUCGGAAGAAGGUGGUUGGAAAGCCUGGGCCAACUGUGAUCAAAAUCUCAGGAACAAACAUCCUGGACAACAAUGCCGUGAAUGCUUUAUCAGUACUUUUAACAUCAUUGCUUACUGCCAUUACUUGCUUGUACAUCUUCUAGGAAUAAGGUUAGACCCCUCUGGUUUUGUUUUAUACUUUAUACGAUGUCCGUAAUUUAGUAUUGAUCUUCACAAUUCACAUACUGUACCAUAUUUAUUUUUAUGAGAAAAAUUAAUUUUGAGGGGGUCAAAAUUGAAUACCUGCUCUUUUUGGAAAUUUGGUGUUAAAUGAGAAACGAAGUUAUUCUAUCUGGAUAAACGGUUAACUUGCAUGUUAUUCCAUACAAUUCUUCCAGAACAUAACUAUUUAGCGGAGCCUAUAACCAAAAUGAACAGGAAAGGUAAACAUUAUUCUUAACUGGGAAAGAACAUAACUUUGUAUAUAGAGAAACUUACUUUAAAGUUGUAUUUGGCUGGAAGAGUUGGUCAGAAUUGUUAACUCCUAGUAACUCUUGCCGAAUGCUCCAAAGCCUAUGAGCUAUCUCUCCUAAUCGUGACAUGGCCAUGAAGA